GAUGUUGCGUGAUGACGUAAGGCGGCGCGGGCGCCAUCCCGGAAGCGCGAGGCAGGCCUCCAGAUGUGCAGGCAUCAGAGGGGAGGAGAAAGAGAUGGACCCCCCGGACUCGGCCUCGAGGGUCUUCUGUGGCCGCUUCCUCAGCAUGGUGAACGCCGAUGACGUCAACGCCAUCAUCCUGGCCCAGAAGAACAUGCUGGACCGCUUUGAGAAAACCAACGAGAUGCUUCUGAACUUCAACAAUCUGUCCAGCGUGCGGCUGCAACAGAUGAGCGAGCGUUUCAUGCACCACACUCGCACCUUGGUGGAUAUGAAAAGGGACCUGGACAGCAUCUUCCGCAGGAUCAGGACACUGAAGGGAAAGCUGGCCCGGCAGCACCCAGAGGCCUUCAGUCACAUCCCGGAGGGUUCAUUCCUGGAGGACGAAGAUGAAGACCCCAUUCCACCCAGUAUCACCACGACCAUCGCCACCUCGGAGCAGAGCACAGGCUCCUGUGAUACCAGCCCUGACACUGUCUCACCGUCUCUCAGCCCUGGCUUUGAGGACCUAUCACAUAUUCGACCCGGUUCCCCUGCCAUCAAUGGCCACAGCCAGACAGAUGACGAGGAAGAGACACGUGGAGAAUAGCCCCUUCCCACAUCCUAGAAAGGCUCGGGGCAGCGGUGGUCCUCCUGGGGUCAGUCAGCUUUGCUGCCCCAUUCUGUCAUAGGCAGGGUCCCUAAUUCCUGCCCCCCUCCUGAGAGCAGGACUUCCCCAUGCCAGGACAUGCACCCCAGCUGGGGCAGUGGGGCUGGCUACAGGUAUCCUUGAGCUCAGCCUGGGCCAGCUUUGAACAGUACUUCUAAAGUCCCCAGACCAAAGCCAAAUGUCCCC